AUGACAAACUCGGAUUUCGAAGGGCCGCCAUGCGAAAUAUGUGGACAAGCUGGGCAAGGAAACCAUUUUGGAGUUAUUAGCUGUCGAGCAUGCGCCGCAUUUUUCAGGCGAGCGGCUGACUCCAAAUGGAGUAAGAUGCAGUGCCUGAGCAAACAUUGUGAUGGAAAAAUAUAUCACUGUAAACCAUGUCGUCUUAAAAAGUGUCGAUUAGUCGGAAUGGAUACUUCCAAAUUCCAACAUGAUCGUGACGCGCUUCAAAUCGCUGUCAGCCGAAAACGAAAACUCCCACAGACAGUAGAAAUAAUAUGUGGAAAACCUCACUUUGUUCUAUUUUGUCCUUUCGGUCCGUCAGAAUCGAUAAAAAACAAAAAAGAGAACACUUUCGUAGAUUUGAGUUUUCUGGUUUCCCAAGCAAUGGAUAUUAUGAAAGAAGGCGCUGAAUCUCCGUUAAUUGCAAAGAACGGAUUACACAAAUUGAAUUACGGAUACAAUUGUAUGAAGAGGACAGAGGAAAUGAAAAGAAUCACAAUAGUUACCAGAAAAGAAGUUACUAGUUUUUGGGAAUAUCAUUUCUUAACAACUGCAAAAUGGUUGACUUAUUUCGAUAAAUUUCAAGAUUUGGAUCAAAAUUUGAAGAUGGAAAUCUUAUUUGCAGUAUGGCAUGUAUGGGGAAGAUUGGAUAAAUUAAUGGCAACUGCACUGUAUAGAGAAAGAAAUAAAGAUGCUAAAUGGACAGAAAGAGUAAUUGGAAACGGUAUGCUCACAGAUACCAUAAACGUAUCAACGGACUCAAUGUGGAUGAGCAGUUAUCCGACGGAUCAAUUGAGAUACUUCCUUGAUGGCAUUCGUGGAGUGGACUUGUUCCAUCUUAUCGAAGAAUUACAAAAUCUUGAUUUGACCGAAACCGAACUCACAUUUAUGCUGGCCCAUCUUUCCUUUCAAUAUGUUUCAACGAGAUUUGGCGGCAAAAUUUCAGAAGUAAUGGAAGGCUUUCUUGAAGAACUAUCAAAUGAUUUACACAACUAUUAUACUCAAGAGAGGAUGAUGAUUAGAUACUCUGGAAGACUAAUGAGAUUGCUGAGAAUCAACAAAGAAAUUCUGGAAAAUAUCAGAGUGUAUCGAGGUCGUGCUGAAGUUGCAAAAGUAUUUGAUGUGUUCAAUUUACAAUUUUCUCAUCCAGAAAUGUUCAUAGAUACUGGUUUUCAUUGA